UGGUUCUGCCCACAAAGGCCAUGGAGAAGAGGUUGGAAGCCAAGUUCAGCAUUAGCGUCUGGAUUUUAUCAGGACGUUGCCUGGGAAGUUUUCACCUGUUCUACAUGUGUGCCUGCCUCUGUGCCCUCUCUUCAUCUACAGAUGCAAACUGGAAUAGAGCCGUGUGCCAGCCAGAGAAGAUCCUGUUUGGUGGCUAUUUGAGAUCAUGGAGAGAUCACCAGCUACAGCUUGUGGAGGGAUUUCACACUGCCCAGUCAUGUCAGGCUGCUUGCUGCCAGAGCCCCAGCUGUGAUGCCUUUUGGCUGUUGGAAAAGAUGUGUCUCCAGGUGAACUGCAUGAUUCCCCAUCAGUGUCAGGCAAGCAGGACUGACUCCUCAGGUUCCAUUUUGGUGUUUCUAAAGAAAUCGAAAACUACAGAGCACUCCUUAAGCUCUCAACGUGAAGGCGAGGUGGAGACUCUGCUUCACAAGUUGUUGGAUUGGUGCACGCCAGUCCAAGCCAAAAAGAGACUGCGAAGGUCCUUCCGGGAGCUGUUGACACAAAAACAGCACUUGACAAAUGUUCGGAGGGGCUUGCUGAAAAGGGAUAUAACAGAUCUCCCCACCAGGGGGAAUGUUGAAAAUCUGCCAGCCAGUACCUUGGACAGCGCAUCUAAGAGCAGCUUGAGUAAUAUUGGUCUAAAGGCUAACCCGGAACCUAGGCCUUCAUUGAGGGAUGUUCCCAGUGACCAUGCAACUCGAGAGAAAACUUCCCUGCAAAAUGGAACGGACUCAAGAGAACAGAAAAACAAAAGCCCUGCCUCUCCUGAGAGCCAUAGUGUGAGUGGACUGAGUGAUCCAGCUGGUAGCGGCUCUCUAGGGGCUCAUGCAGGAACAUCCACGUCAGAACGCCCGGUGCUGGUUACGUUCUCCAGCCCCAUAGCACUGGGUUUGACUGCCACUGGCAAAGCUGAGAAACUCAAGCAGUCAAACAACACUUCCGUCCAGCCUCUUUCUUUAGAGGAGAUUCUCCCUACGAUCAGUGCUCUGCUGGGGAAAAACACGAUGAAGAUGCAGACCGUUACCGCUGUGCCCACCGGUGUUCCCACCAAUGACAGCGUUACCACAGUCCAGGCUAUCCCUGCCACAUCAUCAAGCACCCCUACACCAGUGCCAGUUAUGAAGGAGCUGGUAGUUUCCGCAGGAAACAAUGUCCAAGUGACCCUGCCAAAAAAUGAAGUUCAGUUAAAUGCAUUUGUCCUACCUGAACCACCAACGGGAACCAGCUACACCUAUGACUGGGGGCUGAUUACUCACCCAAAAGACUACAGUGGAGAGAUGGAAGGCAAACACUCCCAGACCCUCAAGUUAUCUAAGCUCACCGUUGGUCUGUAUGAAUUCAAAGUGAUAGUUGAUGGGGGAAAAGCACAUGGGGAAGGUUACGUGAAUGUGACAGUUAACCCAAAGCCUCGUGUGAAUCAGCCUCCUGUGGCUAUUGUGUCACCACAAUUCCAAGAGAUUUCACUGCCGACCACCUCUACUGUCAUCGAUGGCAGCCAAAGCACUGAUGAUUAUAAAAUUGUCAGUUUCCAUUGGGAAGAAUUGAAGGGGCCACUGCGGGACGAGAAGGUAUCGACUGACACUGCCAUAUUGAAACUGACCAACUUAGUACCUGGGAAUUACACAUUCAGCCUAACAGUUGUGGAUUCAGAUGGUGCCAGCAACUCUACCACUGCCAGCUUGACUGUGAAUAAAGAAGUGGAUUAUCCUCCAGUGGCAAACGCAGGCCCCAACCAAGUGAUCACGCUUCCCCAAAACUCGAUCACCUUGUACGGGAACCAGAGCACUGAUGAUCAUAGCAUUGUCAGCUACGAAUGGUUACUCAGCCCCAGUAGCAAAGGAAAGGUGAUGGAGAUGCAGGGUGUGAGGACACCAAUAUUACAGCUCUCUGCAAUGCAAGAAGGUGAUUACACCUACCAGCUAACGGUGACCGAUUCUGCAGGCCACCAGUCCACGGCUGAGGUCACAGUGAUCGUGCAGCCUGAGAAUAAUAAGCCCCCCAAAGCAGAUGCUGGCCCAGAUAAAGAACUCACCCUCCCUGUGGACAGCACCACUCUAGAUGGCAGCAAGAGCUCAGACGACCAGAAAAUAGUCUCCUUCCUCUGGGAAAAAACACGGGGCCCGGAUGGUGUAAAACUGGAGAAUGCCAACAGCAGCAUUGCUACUGUAACUGGGCUUCAAGUUGGAACAUACGAAUUCACACUGACUGUCAAAGAUGAAAGGAGCUUGCAAAGCCAGAGCUCAGUUAAUGUCAUUGUCAAAGAAGAGAUGAACAAGCCACCAGCGGCAAAGAUUGCUGGGAAUGUUGUCGUCACCCUCCCUACAAACACAGCAGCCUUGGAUGGGUCCAAAUCCUGGGAUGAUAAGGGAAUUGUCAGCUACCUGUGGACCCGGGACGAAGGAAGCCCUGCAGCUGGGGAGGUGUUAAAUAAUUCAGACCACCACCCUGUGCUUUUCCUCUCCAACCUGGUGGAGGGGACAUACACGUUCCAUCUGAAAGUGACGGAUGCCAAAGGAGAGAGUGAUGCAGAUAGGACCACUGUGGAAGUCAAAGCUGAUCCAAGGAAAAACAAUCUUGUGGAGAUGAUACUGGAUGUUAAUGUCAGCCAGCUGACGGAAAGACAGAAGGGUAUGUUAAUCCGUCAGAUAGGCGUUCUGCUGGGCGUCCUGGACUCGGACAUUACCGUACAAAAGAUCCAGCCGUACACAGAGCAGAGCACAAAGAUGGUGUUCUUUGUGCAGAACCAACCACCCCAUCAGAUCUUCAAAGGGCACGAUGUAGCAUGGACGCUCAAAAGUGAACUCCGGAAACAGCAGUCGGACUUCCUCAUCUUCCGAGCACUAGAAAUUAAUACAGUCACAUGCCAGUUGAAUUGCUCCGAGCAUGGGCGCUGCGACUCCUUCACCAAGCGCUGCAUCUGUGACCCGUUCUGGAUGGAGAACUUCAUCAAAGUGCAGAUGGGGGAGGGCGAGAGUAACUGUGAAUGGAGUGUGCUGUAUGUGAUCAUUGCGUCCUUUGUCAUUGUGGUCGCCUUUGGAAUCUUAUCCUGGACUGUGGUCUGCUGUUGUAAAAGGCGGAAAGGAAAACCCAAAAGGAAAAGCAAAUACAAGAUUUUGGAUGCCACAGAUCAGGAGAGUCUGGAGUUAAAACCAAACCUCAAAGCAGGCAGCAGACAGAAAGCUCAGGUCCUCAACACCAGCCUGAUGCACUCCGAAUCUGAACUGGACAGCGACGAAGCCAUCUUCACAUGGCCGGACCGAGAGAAAGGGAAACUACUCCGGAGUCAGAAUGGCUCCCUGCGCAAUGGACAGGUGCUGCCCAAACCGAAGAACCAGAGGGAAGAGAUCUUAUAGCCAAGCCCUAAGUCACCUUUAGCUAGGGGACCGAGCGAAAAGGGGGGCAACUCCAUUCCCCUGUCCCAGGGGGCCCUUGAAGACCAGCUGGAUCGUGAUAGGUCAAAGCUGCUAACUUAUUUCAUGGAAACUACCUUUGUUUUUGUGGUUUGACUAGAACUGGUUGUACUUGAAUCCUGACUUCAAGGGAUAUCAAAGGGAGUAAAAGGAACUGUGAAAUACAGACUACCUGGCAUCUGGAAUGCAACAGGACAGAACCACUUACCACAGCUGUGAAAGCACAGACCCACCCACCUCCUACUGCAAUGGAGGCAAAAUUCCCAUGGACCUUCAGUCUUCUCCCCACUGGAGGUUUCUUCUCUCUGAAGGAGGGUCAGGGAGAGCCAUGCUUUGGGCUCCCAUCAGACCACCACAGCCUCCAAUAGUGAUGGCACACUGACUGACUGACCUUUUUAAAAAAGAAAAACAAACCUAGCUCACAUGCUACUUCAGCUGCAGAAAAAGCUUUUCCCCCCUCUCUACCCCACCCCCCUCCACUGAUUAAGCACCAUUUUCUAAAAAAUUAACCUUGUCCUUUCACACCAGCUAACCGCGUGGAGUGGGGGACAUUCAAAAUACUGUGCUCACCCAGAAUGGGCUGCUUCAGUUCACAACUAUGAGGGGGUUGUAAUUGUUUUAAAUUGUUAGUCUUGUCACUGGGAAUAGAGAUAAAAUGGCACCUAAUCAGAUGCCGAAAACUUAGCUGGAGUGAACAGCCCAGCUCCAGAGUCUGUGCUAGCCAGCUGAACGGGGCACCCCAUCCCUGCAGCCAGCCCUUCCGGGUUCGUACCAGACCCAGGGGAUCGUUUGCUAAUGGGAAGGAGAGUGCCUGCCUUUCUGGUAUCUGUGACUAAUAGCUUAAUUCCAAAGCCCUGAGAUGUUUGUUCAGCUCCACGGCACACUGUGUAGAUUCUGAAACGCUUCUACGUGUGCUCAGUAACACUGUAGAAUAUCAGUACUGCCCUCCCUACUGUAAGAUGCCAUGACGCUGUCCUUUCUUCUAACACUUACACACGUCAAAGACAAACAUGGGUGGAUACCUUCACUCCCCGAUGGCUGGACGUCCCCCUCCAGCUGGCACCUCGGUAGCCUUUUGUUGUGCUGUCAUUGAGUAGCCCUGUGUAUGCUCCUAGCAUUGAAUUGUUUUGACUGACGGCUGACAUGCACACUUCAAAUUUAUUAACUCACUGAAACAGGGACCAUUCAAAUCCUCUUUGCCCGAAUACCUGCAGGUGGCUCCCAGAGGCACGUCCCGGUAUGGAGUGUGUCCUCGGUGGGCAGCGUGGUUCUGGACUACAGGCCCCUUUCAGUCAAUGACAGCGUGGAGUUGAGUGAUUGUGUGACGCUCCCUCCCCAUUGCCAUGUCUGUCUCAACAUGCUGCUUUCUUGAGCCAAACCUCCAUCCUUGGCAAGCGUUUGCCCUUUUCAUUGGGGUGUCAGAUGCCUCUGCCCCUCUAGGAUGAGUACUUAGUUCAUGGCCUUUCUUUGUGUUUAAUUAAACUGGUAACUUGUUUCAUUGGCUUCCUUUUUUGGAUACUGAAAGACAAAAGGCUUUAAACUCCUAAGUUGUAUUUAUAUUGCUGCACUACUGACUUGUGUUGAACCAGAUGAAGAUUAAAGACACUAUUUAAUUUGAGGGAGUGUUCCCCAUUGAAUGUAGUCAUGGCUGCUGCUAAUUUAAUGUUUCCGUGCAAUCAGAUGUCUUCCUUAGGCACAAGUGUUGGAUUCUGUUUAUUUCUACUUGGCUAAUAAGACAUGAGCAUUUUGCCCAAUUGACUUAGGCCAGCCGUAGUUCUUGACCUCACUUGGUAGUGCACUGUAGCACAGACUGCACUUCUAGCACACAGCAUGUGUGCGCUCCUGUUCCUCUCUCCAGACUUCUGUGGUGGGCUCAGCCUGGCUGUUCUCCCUCUAGGUGAUGGGACCCUCAACAUGUUGCCAUAAUCCCACAUCCACUCCUGCCUUUCCCCCACCACGCAGGGCGAAGGUAACACCAGACUUCUCCAUUUAAAGGGACACAGUCAAGUUAAAAAUCACACUUCUGUCUGAAAUUUACUGUUGCUGUGAGUAGCACUGAAAUCUAUGGGCAGGGUGUCAUCCAUGAAACUCUUUUAAAUUGAUGGUAGGUAUCCCUUUAAUCCUCUUCUCCCUUAGGCACAUACUUUAAGCUUGUCACUCCCCUUUCGUCCUGGGGAGGUCCUCCCUGCAGGAAAUUCUCAGCCUGUUUGCAGCAGUGAAGCUUUUAGGGAUUCUUUUGCUGCAGAAAUCAGUACCUCUCACAGGAGAUGCAUGGUGUGCCUUUACACUGGCGCUCUGCCUUCCUGUUACGGAAGGGGGAAGCAAUAAAACCUGUCCAGCUAUUACUUGACAGCACCUUUGUUUAGCUGAGGGUUUUUUUCUUCCUCCCGUUUCACUGUGGGAACUGACCACUUACACUGAAGUGCUUUAGUUGGCUGACUGCACCGUUGUCGAUAGAAUAGUUGUUUCCUGCCUGGCAUGGAGACGACAUGCAUUUUGCAGAAGGCGAUAGGCCUUCUACAGACUCCUUACUAACCAGUUUUGGUAGGAGAGCUUCCUGUCCUUAGUCAUUUGUCAUCUCAAAAUGCAGGCUUAUGACCGCAAAUCACAAGUCCCGAAAGUUAGAUUUCCUGCUUGCCAUUAGUAUUCUUUUAUUGUGCAACAUUCCCCCUCUGCAUGAAACACCCCCUCAGCCACCCCCCAAAAAAACCCUGUUCUGCACUUCAGAUAUUAACCCUUUGUGCCUCUAAAUUGUUUCACCCUAACAGAGGUUACAAAGAAGUAUGUACAGUAUAUACACAUGCCCUCACUGUGCACUGAUAAGUGUGAGAAGCUUUUCAUAAAUGAAUUUGGAAUCUAGGAGACUCUAAUGUCAGUCAGGGGACAAGAGGUCAGUGAAAAACCCUGACAAGCAGGAGAUGGAAGCAUUAGUUGCCUUGGUGUGAAAAUCUCCGUUAGGGUGGAAGAGGGUGUGGGCAGAUUGUCUGCUUGGAAAAAGACAACAGCCCAUGUUAGAGAAGAUCCUCCUCUGAUGUAGGAGUGUGUACAACGAAAGCAUUAGUUUAAAAUCCUGUAACUCCCUUUCCUCCUCCCCCAGGGUAUUAUUAAUAUCAUUGCUCAUUUGUUACCUAAGUACCCUGAUCCUAGUUUGACCUUGCAAGAAGAAGUUUUCUGCAUGGCUAUGCAUUAUAAUUUCACAGUUAGAGACUCUAUGGCUACAAGUUACCCAUGUGUGGAAGUUAAAAGCUUGAGACAUCUGGUAGAUGAACCAUCCGCUGAAUUUGAUUUUGUUUUCCUCACUCUUCAGUGUAAAUGUACUUCAGACACACACUUGUGUUUAGUAAAGAUGUUUGCGUCAGAGGCCAGAAUCUCUUGCAAUGUUGAGAUCCAGUUUUAAAUAGUUUGUUCUGAUUUUGUCCUUGUUCUGUACACUGGGGCUGCCCAACCUGUCUGACCUUUAAUUUCAUGAUGUUUGUUUGAUUGCAGUGUUCCUUGGAUCAAGACUGGAAAAUGAUUUUUUUAAAAACCACGUUUCUUGCAAAUAAAAGGGGAAGUUGUUUUGCUGCUGCUUAUUUUUA